AUGCGCUUCCGUCUAUUGAGAAAGUCUGGAGACAUUCCGGUAUCACGUUUUUAUAUGUCAGAUUCCGUUCGAUACCAGGUAAUGGCGAUGUUUUACGAUGGUCGGGUUAUAGUUGACUUUACUUCUAGACUCUACCGUACCCUAUCCUCGAUUUCACAUCACAGAAGCUUGCUCAACAAAGAAUUGGAAGCGCCGAUACCAGUAUGGACCGAGCAAGGACCAGAGCAAGACGCGCCGAUUCCUGUGCAUAUCAAAGAAGAACAAAAGCCUAUACGUCUGAAUAUUGUUAUGCAAGUGGUGGGAAGCCGGGGUGAUGUGCAGCCAUUUAUUGCUCUAGGUUGCGAGCUGUUGAAACACGGUCACAGGGUGCGACUCGCCACACAUAGCAUGUUUAGAGAUUUUGUUCUCAAAGCUGGACUCGAAUUCUUCAGUAUUGGCGGAGAUCCGACCGAGCUGAUGGCUUAUAUGGUUAAGAACCCUGGCCUUAUUCCAAGCAUGGCAAGCCUUCGCGCCGGCGAUAUUCAAGCUAAGCAGAAGAUGAUGAAGGAAAUGCUGCGCGGCUGCUGGGCAUCGUGUGUCAGUCCAGAUCCAGUCACCCUGAAGCCUUUUGUAGCUGAGGCCAUCAUCGCUAAUCCGCCGAGCUUCGCCCAUAUACACUGUGCGCAGGCGCUUGGUAUCCCAGUUCAUCUGAUGUUUACUAUGCCGUGGACGAGCACGGUAGAGUUCAGCCACCCGCUGGCUAACAUUAUCGAUAACAGGCGAUCGAAAGUCGCAACACGAGGGACGGCGAAUUACCUGUCGUACUUGGCGGUCGAGUGGAUGACGUGGCAAGGUUUGGGAGAUGUGAUCAACAAAUGGCGAGGUAGCAUGGGCCUCGAGGAAGUUCACUUUUCAGAAGGCCCCCUGCUAGCAGAAACACUGAAGGUCCCCUUCACCUACUGUUGGUCGCCAUCACUGGUAUCAAAGCCUAAAGACUGGGGCCCGCAUAUAGAUGUCUGUGGCUUCUUUUUCCGCGAGACACCGCAGUACGAACCCGAGCCAGAUCUGGAUGCGUUCCUGCAAAAUGGUGACUUACCAGUCUAUAUCGGCUUUGGCAGCAUCGUGAUUGAGGACUCUGCCAAGCUGACCAGGAUCAUCAUGGAGUCAGUCAAGGCCGCCGGUGUGCGGGCUAUCAUAUCUAAGGGGUGGAGUAAUCUAGGCUUCGAAUGCGGUGAUCAUCCCGGAAUCUUUCUUUUGGGCGACUGCCCGCAUGAAUGGCUUUUCCAGCGCGUUUCUGCUGUUUUUCACCACGGUGGCGCAGGCACCACAGCCUGCGGGCUUCUCAAUGGUAGACCGACAACGAUUAUCCCUUUCUUUGGCGACCAACCAUUCUGGGGAGAUAUGGUGGCAGCAGCCGGAGCAGGACCACCCCCAAUUCCAUACAAAGAGCUUAAUACAGAGAAGCUGACCAAGGCUCUUCAGUUUUGUCUGACGGAGGAAGCAUCAUCUGCAGCAAAAGGUCUCGCAGAACGGAUGAGAAGCGAAUCAGGUGUCGAGCGCGCAGUAGCAAGUUUCCACGCCAACCUGCCGCUUACUAUGCGCUGCGACAUUGUGUCCGACCGGCCCGCAACAUGGAUGUUCAGUAAAAGAGGCCAUCAUCUGAAGCUAUCGAAAGAUGCAGCGGGUAUUCUAAUUAAGGAGGGCCUGGUAGCUUGGAAAGACCUCAACAGGUAUGACACAAAGGGAACAGUCAUUGAUUUGAGAAGAUUGGAACCUAUCACAGCAGCUGCAUCAUCCUUGGUCACCGUCGGGUCGGGCGUGGUCGGGUCGGCAAUAGAUGUUGUCGCAAAGCCAAUUCAGGCAUACAACUGGCCCAAGGAGGCGCUUACCUCCAGCCGAUCAGUAUCCUUGGCCAUUCCAGCGGACGGUGUACUAGUUGUCAAAAAAACAUCUUCUACCUUUAAAACAGCGGUACAGGGAUCUGCCGCUGGAGCUGGUGGAGUCCUCAAACAUUUCACCAAAGGCAUGCUGGAUGCGCCGUUGGCUGUGACGGAGGGUUUCCGUAAUGCUCCGCGCCUGUACGGUGGAAAGGUAUACGAGCCAGGUCGAAUUGAUAACUUCACGUCAGGCGGUAUCGUAGCUGGCAAGAACCUGUGCCAUGGACUACUCGAAGGUUUUGGGGGCCUCGUCAAGUCUCCUGUGAGAGGUGCUCAGUCCGGGGGGGCAGUUGGACUUGUUAAAGGUUUCGGCGUCGGAUGUCUGAACAUGUCGACAAAAGUCCCUUCCGGUUUACUCGGCCUUAUCUUUUAUCCUGGGCAAGGCGCUUAUAAGACUAUUUACACGGCUACGCAUCGCAAAACGCGCAACGAUCUGAAAUUUGCAAGACAAGUGGAAAGCGAGCGCUUGGCCGAACGGCUAUCCAGAGAUGGCGACCACGUUUUGCAGCAUUUCAAGAAUUGGCUCAACGACACCAGAGAUAGCAAGCGUGUUCUGCAGCAUCCUAAGACUUGGUUUAAAUGA